AUGAUUAACAAUUUUAAAUCCCCCCCAUCGAAUGACCCGAUUAAGAAGCUGCAGAAUUUGCUGAACAAUUGCCUCUACUCCGUCGUCGACGUGCUGAGCAACUUAUCCUACCAAGGGGAGCCCAAGGAGCUGGAAGUUGUUCCGGAGGAGGAGAGCGAAUAUGCCUACUUUGUGAAUUUGCUCAAGGAGAGGGCCGCCGAGAUUGAGCGGGAGAGUGAGGAAGCGGUGGAACAAGUACAGGCGUUGGUAAAGGAAGAAGUGAAGGAGGAAGUGAAAGAAGAUGCAAAGAGAGAGUUCAAGGAAGAUGCACACGAUGAAGUGAAGGAAGCGAAAGACGGGGCGGACCACCCCACUAGGGAGGACGACCCAGAGAAGGAUGGCCAAACGGACCAAUCGGAAGACACGUCAAGUGAAGCAACGAGCGAUGGAUCAUACGAAGGGUCAAGCAGUUCAUCGAGUGGACCAUCCAACGAUGACAAGAUGAACAAAAAAGAAACGGACGACGAGCAGAUGCAACGCUCCAUGGAGGAAGGACCCCCAAAAAAGUAUUUUGUCAAACCCUAUUUUGAAACCCCCUUGCAGGAAGAAAUCCUAGACCGAGUAGAACGAAUGAACUUGAUUUUAAAAAUGAUAGACUCCUGCAUAGAGGAGCUGCCCGAUUCGUCGAUGAAUGAAGAAGAAAAGUGCCAGGAAAUGAAGGCGUUGCAAAAACGGAAAGACGAUUCCAAGGAGGAGUUAAAAAGACUCUACAGCGAAUACGACGCCAUCUACAGUUACGUCACGGAUAACCUGCGGGACAUCAUUAUUAACACGGAGUGA